UGUCGAACAGCGGCCGUGGCAAGUACAGCAAGAAACUGAUAGCGGAGCGCACACAAAACAGCGCUCGCCGCCCUCGGAGCAGCAAUCGAACACGUUGCCUUUGAACAACGCUAACCGCUAACAGCUCGUCGCGUAAUCGUAACCGUAACGUAAGCGCAUUACAAAACAACGACAAAACGCUUUUGCUUUUAUUGUCAACGUAAUCAGUGCGUGUGCGUGUGUGCGAGUGCGUGCGUGUGCGUGUGUAUAUGUUAAGGCAACAUAAAUUGAAAUGUGAAGAGUGCCGCACAACAUAGAAAAUAACGUUUGUUGUUGUUUUUGCACUCUCCGCGCGAAAUGUGUAAAACCCGUCUGUGGGUUACGUAAAGCCGAGCCGUUCAGUUCUUACAAAACAAAUACAAAUACAAAUACGAAAAAAAAUAAGCAAAGUCAAAAGUUACGCGCACGCUUCGUAAAACGCGGCCAGCAAAGACACAACAAAAUACAAAAUACAAAAGAAAUAAUAUAGAAAAAAAAAUUUUAAAUCGAGCAAAGAAUUUUGCACUAAUUUUGUUGUUGUCUCUCGCGUGUGGCAAUAAAUUUUGACACAAAAGAAUUUAUUGUGUGUGUGUGUGAGUGUGUAUGUAAGAGUGAGUGUGAGUGCCUACUCAAACAGGAGGCGCGGUCGUGCAGUAAAAGUAAAUCAAGAAGAAGAAGAAGCAGCAACAGUAGCAGCAGAAGAAUCAGCAGUUGUCUGAGCGACAGAUGCCCAACCGAACGCGUCGUCGUCGCUUGCGCUGACCAGUAACAUCAGCAACAACAAUAAUAACAACAAUAAUAAUAACAACAACAAUAAUUGUUCUACUUCAGUCAAUGACUGCCAAACUGCACGCGUCGUUGUCACUCGCAAAAAACCAAACAAAAAUUAAUACUAAUUUCAUGCAUACAAGUUAAAUAAAUUAAAUUAUAAAAAGUGUGGGCCCCAGUGCUGUGUGAUACUUGUUGGGGCCAGAGUGGAGUGUAUAAAAAAUAAUAUCAAAAAUCUAAAAUAAAACGCAAAACAAAAUUGAACUCAAUUAAAUUUCGAAAAAAGAAAAACAAAAGAACAAAAAAUCAACAACAAAGUUCAUUAGCAGUGGGAAUUUCUGUGACGUUGGCGAGCGUCGUCGUCGCGUCGGGCGUCGCUGCGACGUCGCCGUUGUCGUCGCAUACGUGACCACGGCCAGCUAUACAGAGCAACAACAGAACAAUAACAGCAGCAGCAGCAGCAGAAACAACAAUAACAGCAACUGGGACAGCAACAGCUGUCAAAAUGCCGCUCUCUCAGGGCUAUUGCAUGAAGCCCUCGUUGGACGCCAAGCGCGCUCUCAAAGCGCUGCGCAAGGAGAAUCAACGGGAGCAACAAUUGCAUCAUCAUCAUCAACAUCAUCAUCAUAAUCAAAGCCAGCCGCUGUCCAGCUCAACGCACACGCUUCAAGCGCUAUUGCAGAGCAACAACAACCACAACAACAGCAGCAGCCAUAGCAACAAUAACAGUUCGUUGCAGUUGUCAUUUCUUUUGGGUGAAUCGUAUGCCCGUUCGGGCAACAUACUGCAAGCGUUUGCUGUCUACGAGCAUAUUGCCAGUCGCCAGCAGGAUGGACAUGUGCCGCUGGACAAGCUGGCUGCGCUGGCCAGCGCUCUAACGACACACCUACGCCAGCUGGGCGGCAGCGGCAGCAGGCUGGCAGCCGUUGCCGGACAUGUUCUGGAGUCCAGUCUGAAGUCACGUUAUCAGCGCCAGCGGCAACAUGUCGAUAAUUGGCCAGCACACACGCUGGGCUUGGAUCUGUUGCCAGAUGUGGCCGAUGCUGAUCUAUUUCUCAGCCUCAGCGAUGAUCAGCCCAGGCGAGAGCUGCGUGUGCCGAGUCCCGCGCAGAACGUGGACUAUGAUCCACUGUUGUGUCCACUGUGUGGUGAUAUGUUGCGUGUGCCGGUGACCACGAAUUGCGGACACACCUUUUGCGGGCAGUGUUGCGAGACGAUCACGCAGUGCAACAUCUGCCACACCAAAUUUCCACGCUGCGUCGACCGUAUGCCACAGGGCGUGGCAUUAACCUCCACCAGCAGCACCAGCACCACCGCAAUCAGCCUCAGCUCCACUGGCUCACAGCUAUCAGCGACGCGCCUCUGGCGUCUGCCACCGGUGACGGUGAGCAGUUUUCCCCGUGGUCUCGAUAUGCGUCUGCCCGUUGUCGCCGCACCGACAACGGUGACAACCACAACGGUGGCAUCCACCACAGCGACGGCAACCACAACAAUGGCAGCCACCAGUUCAUCAUCAUCAUCAUCGUCGCUAGUCGUUGGUUUGGGUGGCUAUGCGUUGGGUGGUGGCGCCAGAGCCAUGAAAUUCAUGCCCGAUGUGCUCGUGCGGCGACUCGUCGAGAAGUGGUGGGGCGCCGAGUUGCAGGCGAAGGCGAUCCUCGAACGUGCCACAAGCUACAUGCAUCUCAAUCAUCUCGACGAUGCGCUCAAAUUCUGCAACGCCAGCCUCGAGAAAGCGCCGAGCAACUUUAAAAGUCUCUGUUUGCGUGCCGAGGUGUUGUUGAAACUGAAUCACUAUCAAAGUUCCCUGGCGGACAUUGAGAAUGCGCUCAGAACGCGCUGCACAUCGCCCAAGGCUCACUAUUUGCGCGCUUUGGCGCUCAGCGGCUUGAGCCAUCUGGAGGAGGCAUUGUUCAAUGCCUUUCUGGCCAUUUGUCUCGACAAAAACACAAAUCUCAGCAACUCGGAAAUCUUUCAACAUGAUCUCGCCAAGAUACUCCAACGUCUCCUGGCUUUAGUGCCCAAAAGUCGCGGCUUGAUCGAUUCGCUGCCUGUGUCGGCAGCGCAGCAGCAGCGCAGUUAUGGCUCAUCAAAGACAUCGUAUGCGCUGCUGUGGGAGCAGCUGCGUCGUCGCAGGAAACAGCAUCAUCAUCACGUCCAUCUCGACGAUGUGGAGGAUGAGUUUGGCCUGAGCUGUGAGCAGCACUAUGACAACAACUAUAUCAUGGCCGACGACGAGGAUGACGAGGAGGAGGAGGUCGAGGUCGAGGAGGGUGUGGAGGAGGAGCCACUGCACAUGAAUGGCGACUUUCUGUUUCCCAGCGCCCUCGACUACAUCGAUCAGCGCAGUGUCUACGAUCAGCUGCACAGCGCCAAGCAAUUCGAGCUGCAGGCUCGUCGCCACGCGAAUCGCAAACAUUGCCGCAGAAAAUGGAAAGCGUCGCGCGACACGCAACAUCUGCCGCAGGAGCGAGACUCCUUCAAGAGUCGCCGCUGCAGUCGGGUGCUCAGCAGCGUGCUCGAACGCGCCCAGCUCGAAAUGCAGCGACUGAGAAAGCUCGGCGGUGCUGGUCAGCGGCAGUUGAGUGCUGUAAGCGGUCAGCUGAUCGAUGCCAGCGACUUUGAUUGCGUACUGUGCUGCCGGACGCUGUGGAAGCCGGUGGUGACGCCGUGUGGACACACCUACUGUCUGGUAUGCUUGGAUCGUUGCAUGGAUUACAACUCCUCGUGUCCAUUGUGCAUGUCACCACUUGUGGAACUAAAUGUCAAUAAUAAUCUGUAUCAGGGCUCAUCCUCGCCAGUACCCUUUGCGCUGGCCAAGCGGCCAGUUACGAAAUUCCUAGAAGCCGCAAUGAAACGAUUCAUUCCAGACCAGUACAAGGCACGCUUUCGCCAGGAGAUCGAUCUGGAGCCGUCGGUGCCGGUAUUCAUCUGCACCGCGGCCUUCCCAUCGGUGCCCUGCCCCCUGUUCGUCUGUGAUCCGCGCUAUCGCCUAAUGGUGCGUCGCGCCCUCGAAUCCGGUGACAAGACGUUCGGCAUUGUCCAGCCGCAUAGCGGCAAAUCGCGUUACUAUGACGUCGGCACCAUACUGGACAUCAGGGACUGUGUGCUGCUCGGCGACGGUUGCUCCAUACUCAGCACCAUUGGCUGCAAACGGUUCAAGAUAUUGGCGCGCAGCGAAAAGGAUGGCUACGAAACGGCCAAGGUGGAGUACAUCUGUGACGAGCCGAUUGCCAACGAUCAGGUCGAUACGCUGGCAACGAUGCAGUCGCAGGUGAUGGACAAGGCGACCGGCUGGUUCGAGAGCCUCAGCACCGAGCAGAAGCACGAAAUACUGCAGAGUUAUGGCCAAAUGCCGACGCUGGAGCACAGCUGGCAACUGAUCACGGACGGACCAGCCUGGGCCUGGUGGAUCAUUGCACUGCUGCCACUCUCCCAGCAGCUGAAGGUGGACAUACUGGCCACGACGUUGCUGGAGAAACGGCUGCGGGCGAUAGAUAAGACGCUGGACUGGUUGCAGGAGCUGAGGCAGCCACAGCCGCAACAGCAGGCGCCGCAAUCGCCGCAGCAGCCGCAUGAUCUGAGCCUCGACUGUGAGGAGCAGGUGGGCGAUGAGGCAGCCGGCGGAGUUGGAGUAGGUGUUGGUGUUGGAGUGGAUGAGUGCUGUUUGUAUGCAGAGCCACACACCGAUGAGGAGCUGAUGCUGUAGUGCAGUUCAUAGUAGUUGUAAUUAAUGUCGAAAACUAUUCUCAAUGUGGUAGAUGAAAACAACAACAGCAACAACAACAACAAAUACAAAAAGAAAAACAACAAGCAAAAACAACAAGCGUAAUUUCUGUGUCUAAGCCAUUCGUAUUACACGUUACUGUUAUCCUAGGGGCCAAAACGAAAAGAUAUACAUAAUAAUAAUAAUAAUAAUAAUAAUAAUAAUAACUUAGCAGAACCAAAUUAUCAGUAGUUGAAAACAUAACUGUA